GCGCAUGCUCCUUGGGCGUCCCGGGCCGGAGAACGCGCGCCAGCGCGGCGCAGCCCGCUAAAUCCAGGUCCGGCUGCGGACAUGGCGGCCAGCCUGUGGAUGGGCGACCUGGAGCCCUACAUGGAUGAGAAUUUCAUCUCCAGAGCCUUUGCCACCAUGGGGGAGACCGUGAUGAGCGUCAAAAUUAUCCGAAACCGCCUCACUGGGAUCCCAGCUGGCUACUGUUUUGUAGAAUUCGCAGAUUUGGCCACAGCUGAGAAGUGUUUGCAUAAAAUUAAUGGGAAACCCCUCCCAGGAGCCACACCUGCAAAACGUUUUAAACUGAAUUAUGCCACUUAUGGGAAACAACCAGAUAACAGCCCUGAGUACUCCCUCUUUGUGGGGGACCUGACCCCAGAUGUGGAUGAUGGCAUGCUGUAUGAAUUCUUCGUCAAAGUCUACCCCUCCUGUCGGGGAGGCAAGGUGGUUUUGGACCAGACAGGCGUGUCUAAGGGCUAUGGUUUUGUGAAGUUCACAGACGAACUGGAACAGAAGCGAGCCCUGACAGAGUGCCAGGGAGCAGUAGGACUGGGGUCUAAACCAGUGCGGCUGAGUGUGGCAAUCCCUAAAGCGAGUCGUGUGAAACCAGUGGAAUAUAGUCAGAUGUACAGCUACAGCUACAACCAGUAUUACCAGCAGUACCAGAACUACUAUGCCCAGUGGGGCUAUGACCAGAACACAGGCAGCUACAGCUACAGCUAUCCCCAGUAUGGCUACACACAGAGCACCAUGCAGACAUAUGAAGAAGUUGGAGAUGAUGCAUUGGAAGACCCCAUGCCACAGCUGGAUGUGACCGAGGCCAACAAGGAAUUCAUGGAGCAGAGUGAGGAGCUGUACGACGCAUUAAUGGAUUGUCACUGGCAGCCCCUGGACACAGUGUCUUCGGAGAUCCCUGCCAUGAUGUAGCUAGGACAAAGCACAGCCAGAAUGGACUGUAUAAGGGAAGAGAGACUCCUUUAACUUUUUUGGAAAUGUUUUAGAAGAUUUUAAUAAGCCCUGGCCGGUGGAUUGAACUCUGCCCUGCAAACCUAAGUCCAUCCUUCGGGGAAUGUGACGCAACGGAUUGUACAUUGUUUCCCUCUCCCUCCCUUGCCCUCUCUAUACAUAAAACCUUUUAUAAAAAAAAUUUAAUAAAGUUUCCUGAGAUUAUGA